AUGAUGGACGCCAACAAAUCACCAUGUGGCGAACCCGACCAUCAUAGCUUGACAAAUUCACUAGACGCACUGCCCAAGGAGAUGGUCGACAGUAAAGGUGAAGAAAAAGCAGCUGUGUCUGAUGACUCCGAAGAUAAAACGCACUAUCCGUCCACGUGGAAACUCAUUCCGAUCACAGCGGGACUCUCCAUCACUCCGCUAACAUUCUCCCCUUGCAAGGAUAAUACAAUCGUGGCAACGGCCAUCCCGAGAAUCACCGCUGAAUUCGAUUCGCUGGAUGACAUGGGCUGGUAUGGUAGCGCUUACAUGUUGACCACAUGUGCCGUGACCCUCACUUUUGGCAAGCUUUACACCUACUAUUCGGUCAAAUGGGUAUACACGGCGGCGCUGUUCUUGUUCGAGCUCGGAUCCCUUGUCUGUGGCGCUACUCCAUCCUCGACGGGUCUGAUAAUUGGGCGAGCAAUAGCGGGAGUCGGAGCUGGAGGCCUUUUUUCGGGCGCUAUGCUUGUCGUUGCAAGUUCUGUACCGCUGCACAAACGCGCGAUCUUCAUCGGGCUGAUUGGGGCUGUGUUUGGAGUUUCUAGCGUGGCCGGUCCGUUGAUAGGAGGCGCUCUUACAGACCAUGUCAGCUGGAGAUGGUGUUUUUAUAUCAAUCUACCAUUUGGAGCUUUCACAGCUCUUGUGGUUAUACUUUUCUUCCAUGAAGAACCAACCAAGACCCAAAUCACAGGCCGUGACAAGCUGCGGAGCUUGGAUUUAAUUGGCACAGCCAUCUUCUUACCGAGUCUUAUUUGUCUGCUACUUGCUUUGCAAUGGGGAGGUCAAAAAUACAACUGGUCCAAUGUGCGAAUCAUUGUGCUGUUUGUGCUAUUUGGGGUGGGACUUUGCGUUUGGAUCUACAUUCAAUAUCGAAAGCAGGAUCGAGCCACAGUGCCGCCUCGGAUAAUCAAGAAUCGCAACGUGUUUGGUACAAUGAUGUACAGCUCUUUGAUCGGCGGUGCAUUCUUCGUCAUGGUAUACUAUCUUCCUCUUUGGUUCCAGGCAAUCAAAGGGGCCAGUGCUACUGCCUCUGGCGUGAUGAAUCUACCGUUGAUCUUAGGAGUGAGUGUUUUCGGGAUAGUUGCAGCCGUACUAGUGACGGUUUCGGGAUACUACAAUCCUUUCAUGCUAGCCUCGUCUGUGAUUUUCAGCGUUGGCAUUGGCCUUCUCACAACAUUGAAAUCUGAUUCCGGGCUUGGUAAGUCCAUUGGUUAUCAAACAAUGGCCGGUAUUGGAGCAGGCUUGGGCAUGCAGCUGUCAACGAUCGUUGUGCAGGCAGCAGUUACGGAAACUGAUAUCCCCGUCGCGACCUCAUUGGUCGUAUUCAGCCAAUUGCUGUCUGGAGCCGUGUUUAUUUCCAUUGCCCAGAAUGUUUUUGAGAAUCGACUGGUGGCAAAUGUUCGGAAAAUGGCUCCAAUGCUUGAUCCAGCACUGGUGGUCCAAGCAGGAGCAACGAGACUGCGGGAAUCCUUCCCAAGAAAUCUCGAUAUAGUUCUGCAAGCGUACAAUGGUGCUAUCACGCAGACGUUUUAUAUCGCAGUUGCAACCAGUGCCCUUUCAAUUUUUGGGGUUCUGUGCCUACAAUGGAUAUCAGUUAAACAGAAGAAGGUGGUCACGGCCAUUUGA